AAACAGCCUCUUUCUCAAAACCCAACACAAGUAGCUACUUCAAAAAAAUACUCCUUCUCUACCAAUGACCCAACACUAGCAAAAGAGUUUCUGGCAGCUAUUCAAAACAAAUACUGCUUUACUUUAUCUCUCCCCGAGCAAUACAUGACAGUUAACUCUACAAACAAACCAGAGCUACCCUUGAUCGCUAAUAAGGUAAAGCUGGUCAACAUUACCACACCUAUUACAAGCCCCAAAGUCCUAGUUAAAACUGCACGCCUCUUAAGAGAAUACUACUAUUUCAAACAAAUCCCAGCUAACUGGAUUAAUAUUCCACAUAAAGCCUUAAUUGAAACAAAUUGUCCUCCACUACCAUCUACACUCGAUGAAAUCAGAGCUAUAAUUAAUUAUAUAUCUACACCUGAACCAAUCGUCCUACUAGCUACUUCUCAACAAGAAGUUGAAAAUGCUAUU